AUGAACUUUUUGCAAGAGAUUAUUAACCAGGCAAAAUGGACCGAACAGCAGACAAGAUACGAGGUUCUAGCGUUGAAAAAAGAUAAACAAGAUCUCAUGAAGCGAUUGGCUGCAAUGGAGAAGAAAACGGCGGGCCUAUCAAAACAAAUCGACACUUUCCGAGUCCAAGCGAAGGUCCUUGUGGCGCAAGCUCAUCAGCGCCGACUCGAAAUCGUGUCUGUGGCCUUCGGAGAAGCAUCUUUCGUUGAAGAAUCCUUCGUGCCGCCUCGUGUCGUGUUCAACGAACUUGCAGAAAUAAUUCCUACCCUCCCUUCUGAAUUCGCAGAGUCUUAUAUUCUUUCUCCCAUGCCCCCUCGAUCUAUGCCUCUGCACAUCCCCAAGGUAGCUCAGGCAGGGUAUCGGUUUCACCCUCUCGUUAUGUUACCCAAAGGAACACCCGUAGAAUUGGUCGUGGAGGCAGAAUCUCAUGAGCUCAGUGCACCCUUCAACGGUGAGGAAAUGAAGCUAUCUCAAUGGAUCGAAUUAGAUGCUCGGACUAAAAAAGCCUACUGCGUCACCAUCAGUCAGAUUCUGAAGGAACAAAACGAUCAACAAGUCUCCUUGCAAUGUGUUGGAUACGACUUGGCGUUGCAAGACGCUUUCAUCAAAGCGUCGUCUCCGCUUCGUAACCAAUCAUCGCCUAUAGAGCACGAUUCUCCCUCAACGGUUUCGAAUCUUUCUUCGAAGAACAUUGGGCUGUCCGCGAGAAGUACCGUGAUACCAAAGCAUUGCAGCCUGCACGCUCCUGUACCAUCUGGGACCGUCGGCCCGUUCACGUCAAGGUGGGGUGUCAAUCCAGAUAACGCUGGACGAAGCCGUCCCACAGGGCGUCUUUCCCAGAAAAAGCGCUGCCGUCUGGAUGAUGAGGCGAGUGCGACGAAGAGGACGUGA